AUGCUACCGGACCUCCCAGCUGAUCGAAAAUUUGAAACAUUGGUUGAGAUGGAAGCAAAAGUGAUCAACCUAACAAAGGCUCAAAGCGUCUUGACCGCUCUUCGACGAAGUAGGAUGGCCGAACCGCAUGCUCGGUUACUGGGGCUCACCGAACACAUCCAACGUCUCCAAGGAAAGCAUAUCCCAUGGACAGCGGGCACUCAACUUGAGCUCUUGGUGUUGGACAUGCUAGCGGUCAAGGAAAAGGAACUGACCGAGAAGAUGGCACAGUUAGAAGCGGAGCCCGAGCACCAGGAGGCGUCGCACUUCUCCAGAUCCCCACCUGAGGAUGAAAGCGGUCCAAAUCCUGCCGAAUAUGAGCAUUUCUCUCCUCCACCGGAACAGGAAAUCAACAACACCAACCUUAGAAUGGGUACACCGCCCACCGACCAGCGAGUCUCUCUUCAAACCGAGGACUCGGUACUAGUGGUAACAGAAGAUAGUGUAAAGGACCUCAUCAAGGAAUUUGUCAAUGCCGCCAUUCGGUCGUGGCAAAAGAAGAUCAAAGAAACCGCGACUAAAUCCAUCGAGAUGAUUGAGUCGACAAAUAAAGAGCUACAAACCGCGGUCGGACGGAUCACGUCCGUUGAAGACAAUUACGACAUGAACGAUCAGUUGUACAAUGGCUUUACUGAUAGAACUAAGGCAUUGGAGGAGGCAACUAAGAAGCUGGAGACCGACCUCGCUCUUACCAGCCAAAAGGUCGUCAUGACGGAACAAACCCAAUUAACAACCGAUCAAAGGUUGAAUAAGAUUGAUGAGGAUCUGGCUCAAUCCGGUGUCCAGGCCGGUUCUACACUUGAGAGGGUGGCGAUGCUUGAGGAGAAGCAUGCCAAAACCGAGGCUGGUCUAAAGACGUUCACCGAACAGCUGGCAGAAAUGAUAGCGGCAAAGUUGGCUGCCGAUAAGGCACUUGAGGAGGCAAAUGAGCUUGCGGCUCAAAAGAUUCAAGAUGUAUUGGAUGAGCAAACCCGACUUUAA